UCUAGCUAUGAAAAAAAAUCCAUAAUACUAUGACAGGCACAGAGGGGCCGCAGCGAUAAGUCUGAACCAAAUGGAAAAAGUUGGGUUUCAAUUUUGAUAAACUAAAGUCGUGCACUGUAUAUUAUUGUAUGCCGAAUUAAAGAGUGGUGCGUACUUAUUCAUAAACCGUCUUGAGAUUUAUUUUAUAAAUAUAAAUAAUUCGCAAAUAAACAACAACAUAUUAAAAUAGGAAAAAAAUCUGAAUGGAAUUCGGUGAACGUGUGGCCAGAAAUCUACUAGGCACGCUAGCAGCGCCACAGGUCUACUGCGCACGCUCCCCUGCAACCCGGAAGUUUUUGAAUUGUGUAGCUGACAGCGAAAGUUGUAAGUGUUUGCUUGUCCCGUCGCUUUGAGUUUCCACCCCGAGACACACAUAAUUAUCCACUUGGCCACCACAGCAGUGACCCCCCCCCCACCCGGGUGAAGCUCCCUCCGGUCCCGCCCGCUGAGCAGAUGUCCCGCUUCGGCUUCGACCUCGUCCCGGUUGACGGUGACGGUGGGGCUCCCAUCCACCUGCCGCCGGGGGAGACGGUGCUGGGCAGGGGCCCCUUACUGGCAGUCAGCGAUAAGAGAGUGUCCAGACUUCACGGGCUGCUGGAGAACCUGGACGGACGGCUGCGUCUCAAACCGACCCACCUGAACCCGUGCUUUGUUCAGUCGUCCCUGACCGACGACCCUCGACCUCUGCAGAGAGGUUCCUGGUACCCUCUUCAUCAUGGGGACUUGUUCUCUCUGCUGCCGGGGCAGUUCAUCUACAAGGUGGUGGCCGUGGGCGGAGAAGACCGCCGCGCUCCCCGAAACAGUCAGAUGUUUGGAGAAGAAGAACUUCCUGUUUCUCUCGAGCCAGAUGUGGAAGCACCUCAGGAGGAGUCGAACCAGGAGGAGGCCGACGGUCCAGACAGAAGUUUGAACAAGGGAGGCUCUGCACAACCAAAAGAAGUGGAGGAAGACCAAAGUGACGUCAGCCCGUCUGCAGCCAGGAGACGGGUUUUACCUGCGUGGAUGAUGGCGGCUGCAGCAGCGGCACACAGUUCUUCCUCCAGCCCGAAAGUUCAGUCAGCCGCGAAGAGAAGUAAAGGACCUGCAGCGGCGUCAACCGGCGCUAAACGAGCAGCAGCCAAACGGGCCACACCCGCCAAGACUUCCUCACCUGAGGAGGCGGAGCUCAGCCAGGAGGAAAUGCCGAAGAAGAGGAGAAGGAAGAUGAGCGAUGAAGAAGCAGCUCAGUCUAAAACAGAUGUUCCUUCAGAGCGGCCCACAGUUCGGCUACAGAGCGAAUCCAACGGGUCCGAGGUGAGCGACGAGUCUGACGGCUUCGCCGUGGAGGCGGACGAGGAAGGAAGAGGCGGGGCGACGUUUACAGCUGACGUAAACGCCACGACACGGACGUAUGCGAUCCGUCAACCUGAGAACGAGGGCAAGAAGUCGAAGAAUGGACGACAGAUGACCGAACGAUCGGAGUCUGUCGGGUCAAACGGUGGCUCUGCGUCCGGACCCGCUCCGUCCAAACCUCGACUCAGAGCACCGUGUCCGUACGGGAAGGACUGCUACAGGAAGAACCCGGUCCAUUUCCAGGAGUGCAGUCACCCUGGUGACACCGACUACGAGGAGGAAGAGGAGGAGGAGGAGGCAGACCGACCUGAGUGCCCCUAUGGCACCGACUGCUACAGGAAAAACCCUCUUCACAGGAAAGAAUACAAACACACAGAGAAACCAGCCUCCACUUCGCGCACCGUCCCCAGAAAGCCCCCCGCCGAUGACGAAGAUGAGGACUUUGGGGACGACGACAGCUUCAUUAACGACGACAGCGAGGACGUGGGCGACGACUCGGACUACGUCCCUCCUGACUCCGAUGACAGCGGUAAGGAGGACAUCAAAGGACUGCAGAAAGAAGCAAAGGCCUUUGUGAAGAGGAGGAAGUAGACGUGGCAUCCUUUUUGUUGUGGUUUGUUUUAAAGCUGGAGCAGGCACAGACGCACCAGUUGCAGGUCUUUAUGGGUCUUUCUGGUCCAGAUUGGAAUUAUCAUGGUGGCCCAGAUAGUGUCAGGUAAAAUCUUUUAGAGGGAAAUCUUUAGUGCCUUUUAAUUAUCCGAUAUUCUGUGCUGAACAUCAGCACUUACCAAGAACCCAGACUAGAACCCAGACUAGAACUCUUCCGCGGUUCUCCGGAGGGACAAGUUGGCUCAGAAGUCUUGUAAUCUGAGCCAAGCAGACGUCAGCUUGUGCGUUCAGAAACAAACAGCCUCCGCAGUCCUGGAUGGUUUCUCAGGUGAAGCACCCAUUUCUGACAUUCGAUGCUCACAGAGUUCUUUAAUGAGCUUCUUUUUUUUUUUUUACCCUUUCUUCUUAGAAAAUGCGUGAACCUACCUGAGGGGGAAAAUAACUUCUUAAAGCAGUUAAUUCUGUUGUUGUGCUCGUUGACGGCUGUUCAGAGCUGUUGAGGCCGGAUUAAGAGCGGACGUCUCCUUCUUCUUCUUCUUCUUCUUGUGUCAGAGCCAGAAAAAUAGUGUCAGAAGAAACACUGCUGCUUCUGUGUUACGUCAACGGGACGAACUGCUGUUACAGAAAACACAGACUGGCUAACAGGAACACGGUGUCAGACUGAAUGAAUGAAGGGGAAACUAAAAUUCAGGAUUAUUGUGAGGCUACAAGGGCAGACCUGGUGGUGAAUAUACCUGCACUCCAUCAGUGCAAGUCAUGUUUUAUUAUACUCUUCAUCAUCAGCCAUCAGCCCAACAACCAGCUGAUGUUGAUUUAAAAACUACUGGACUGUCGGUGAAGGCCAGCUUCCCUCUGGUAGGUUCGUUUCAGAACUUUGGGAGCAUUAAAAGCCAUAAAUGGAGGCUCGACUACAGCGUCGGGGUUCCACCCUGUUUAUGUGUUCACAGCGUUGUUGCAGAUCUGCGCUGGCCGAGACGGGUCGAACAAACCGCAUAUCCAAAACGCUUUUGCAAAUUCGAAAAACACAAGCGCGUUAACGGAAAACGCAAAAGUGACAACAUAACAACGGAAGUGAGCAACAACGGAUGCUAACAAUGAAACCAGCGGACUGUUAUUGCCGGCGGACUCUUCCUGUGGAAGAGGAAAGCUCUUGCCCGUUUGAGUAAGAAUCGUUGUUCGCUAGCUAACUAUGUUUACUGUCGCUAUGUGAUCGCCACAAAUGAGCAACGGUGUUCAAUGUCUUUAUAUUUUUAUAUUUAUGUACUCUGCCAUCUAACGUGAGGCUAAUGCGAAGCUAGCUAAGCGUUAGCUUCGUAUUAGCCUGUCUUCACUUUUCCGUCGUCCACAGGCAAUAAUAGUCCGCUCGUUUCAUUGUCAACAUUCGUUGUUGCUCGCUUCUGUUGUUGCGUUGUUGCUUUUGCGUUUUUUUAGAGAUGCAGUUCGUUCGACCCGUCUCGGCCACCGUACAGAUCUUUGUUACCACAAAUAAAACCAAAUAUGAGCACUGGAACCAGGUCCGAGCAUGUUGACUCCGUCAUCCGAUUUAAAGAUUUCUGAGUUCUUUGUUGUUAAACAUUUGCUUCCAGCUGCAAAAGCUGUCAGGUGUCUUUGCAGGUGUCAUCCUGGCAACAUCAAACACAACAAUGGACUGCCGAAUAAAUCAGCCUGAUUAAAGAAAGAUGUUUUUGUUUGAAAAAUCCUGCUUCUUGCAGCUUUAAGUGCAAAUUUUAAUUAAGAAAUAUUCCCAUGCCGUCAGCUCUGGCUGUUUAACAGAAGAGACAAACACGUGAGUUUGUGUUCUGGGACAAAGUGUAUUUUCUAAUUCUCUGAAAAUACUCUGGCAGAGUGUUUGAUGAGCACUAGGAACUGUGUGAGGAUUAGUCCAGAAUGUAGCAGAAAUGGAAACUGAUGAAUUAGUUUUCAUUUUCAUUGUAUUUUAAAAGAUUUGUUUUUCGUUUAGAUUUGAUUUCAGAUGAAGCUCCGUCCGCCCGUGUUUCAGAUCUGUGUGAAUAUGUAUAAUUUAGGAGUUUUAGUGGUAGAUCUCUUUAUAAUUUUUACUCUAUUUGUUGGACUGUUUUUCUGUUGUUGUUUAAAUACUGUACAUCCGAUGAAAACAAAGAGUUUCCUUUCUUGAUUUCAUGGUGUUGUGGAACAGGGGCCACCAGACUCCAUACAAUUUUCUGAGUAUUUUCCAUGAAAAACACAUCAAUACCUAAAUCCUGUCUGACCUAAAUUAAAACAGGACGGUCCAAUGUGUCAAUUAACAGACAUCAGCUCUGCUAACUGUCGCUAAAGGAGGAUGAAUCUGUAAUUCAAAUUCCCUAACCCCAGUUUUUUAAAAACUGCACAAAAUAAAAGUUCACUCUCACAACGUAGAAAUGACAGCUUUUGCUGUUGGAGCUGCAGCAACAGAUGUUUUGGUUUGUGAACUCUGUGUCGCGGCAAAACAUCUGUUGGCAGAAGUACAGCUGACCUGACGUCAGACCGGACGUUUGUGGUGCGUCGUGACGCUUUGCAUCCAUCGAUGAUGACAAACAGGCGGCCGGCUCGUGAAUUUCAACAGUAAACGGCUGCAAACGCCAUCUCUGUUCACGACUCCAGAGCUGGAAACAAAACAACACCAGCAGUGGAUGGAUUCAUCCCGAGCACCGUCCCACUGGGAAGGAAAAGCCUCCACUGCUUCCUGUUUCACCUCUUCCUUUCCUCUCCUCUCACAUAACUUGCAUUAUAUUUCCUCAUUUCACACGAUUUUUCAGACCAGGCCCUGACGCUGCUCACAUGAACACGCUGAGGAAGGAGGAUUCAUGAAAUUAAAUUAUUAUUAUGCGCCUUUUUUAUUAGUGAAAACUGUCAGACAAGUUGUUUAAAUUCAGACAGGAUUAAUAUUCCAGUGUGAGGCAGGUAGUAAAAUAUUCCUCAUACUACUUGCUAACAAGACAUUUCUAAAUUACAGAAGGUGGUUUUACUGAAGUAAAGUAAUAUAUGUAAAAAUAUGAAAGUAUCAGCAACAAAAAGUACUUGUUUCAAAAGUAGAAGUACUCAUUAUUUUACUUUAAUUAUUUUAUUUAGCCUUUUAUUUAACCAGGUUUGUCUACGGAGCCCGGGAAGAUCCAUAAAUAAAACAAAAAUAGUUAUAUUGAGGCCACGAGAUGCUAUUACGUGAGCACAAGAUGCAGUUCGUUUGCACGUUUUAAUUAACACGUGGCCACGAGAUAAGUGUGUA